AUGCAAUCAGAAGCAAGAUAAAAAUAAAAGCUUGUAUUUUUAGGAAAUUCAUUUGUUGGCAAAACCAGUAUAAUUGAAAGGUUCGUUUAAAAUACAUUCGAUCCAAAAUCUCAACCUACUGUUGGAAUAGAUUUCAUUGGUAAAAAUAUCACAAUAGAUGGAAAAAAUAUGCGUCUUCUUUUAUGGGAUACUGCAGGACAAGAAAGAUUUCAUUCAUUGAUUCCUGGUUAUGUAAGAGAUGCGUAAUGUGCAAUAAUUGUUUUUGAUGUAACAUGUAAUACAUCUCUUAUAUGAUUAGCUAGACAUUCUUUUGAAAGUUUGGAUAGAUGGUUUAAUGAGGUUAAAUAAACAAGGGGCAAUGAAGCUGCGAUUGUCCUUUUAGGAAAUAAGAUAGAUGCAGAAAGAGUUAUCAGUUAAUAGGAAGCCAGAGAUUAUGCGAUGAAAAAGGAUAUUCUCUAUUAUGAAGUAAGCGCUAAAACAGGUAAGGGAAUUGAAGAAGCUAUGGAAUAGAUUUGUUUAGCAUUACCUGCUGAUCACUCUUUUCUUAUAACUCAAUCCUAAGGUAAUUUAUUUCAAUAAUUUUUAUAGUAAAUCAAUCACAAUUUGAACAAUAAACAGUGGUUUCUAAUAGAAAACCUGUUCAACAAGAUCAUAAUGUACUUAAAUAGUUGUAAUAGCAACCUACAACUAAUAAUAAUCAAUGUUGUGCUAAAUCUUAAUGA